AUGGGACUCUCGGAGGGAAAAAAGCGCAUUAAGCUUUCUCACGACCCAAACAAUACGGCAUGGACCAACGACUCUUCGAGCUUCGGCCUCAAAAUGAUGACAGCCCAAGGCUGGCAACCUGGAGCCCUUCUCGGCGCAAAAGAUGCCCCACACGCCGAAUUCCACACCGCAGCCAAUGCUUCCCACAUCCGUGUCAUGCUCAAAGACGACAAUCUUGGUCUCGGAGCCAAAAUCGGAAGCGGGGUCGGCCAUGGGGAAUGCACGGGCUUGGAUAUGUUUAAGAAUAUUCUGGGGAGGCUUAAUGGAAAGGAGGAGGAUGAGAUUGCUAAAGAGCAGAGGUCGAGGGACGAUCUUAGGAGGGCAGUUUAUACGGAGAGGAAGUGGGGAAGUCAGCGGUUUGUUAAAGGAGGCUUUUUGAUUGGGGAUAAAAUUCAGGAUUUGAUUGAUGGGGAGGCCGAUCGGUUGAGGAAACUAGGAGAUGAAUCAUCCAACUCGAAUGAUACUAGCUCAGAGUCCGAAUCUGAAGAAGAAGCCCCGGCCCCGGUUGAGAAGACCAAAAAGUCCAAGAAGCGAAAGGCUGAUGCAAUUGAAGAGGCUCCUGAGGUUGUCGCUGUGAAGGUCAAGAAAUCGAAGAAGAAGCGGAAGUUAGAAGCAAGCUCGGAGGAUGCGGAAGAGGUUGUAGCCAAGAAGGCGAAGAAAUCGAAGAAGGAUCGCAAAUCGAAAGGAGAGACUGACGACACUUCUGAUGAAGCAAGGAAGAGACGAAAGAAGGAGAGAAAAGAACGGAGGAAGGAGAAGGAAAUUAAGAAGAAUAGGAAAGAGAAAGACAAAUCAGGAUCCGAGGAAACGACGAAAACGUCCAAGAAGAAGUCGAAACGAGAGAAAUCCGGCCUUGAAUCUUCAGAGUCUUCACAAGCCACAACAAAAGAAAACACACCAAUGAUACCCACUCCGGCCCCAUCAAGCGGGACCUCUACCCCAAUGAUGCAAGGACGACAUGCUGUUCGGUCCCGGAACAUUGCUCAGAAGCGUUUGGCGCAUAUGGAUAUAGCGUCAUUAAACCAGAUUUUUAUGAUAAAGUCAUAG